UUUUUCUCACCUGUGUGUGUCCAAUAUAUAAAAUUAAAAAAAAUAGGAGUGUAUGGACCUUCCCUCCGUUGCCUCUCCAUCGAAGCUUCGGUUCCGGAAAGGGGGACGGAUAAAGGGGACAGUAAAAUAAUGGCCCUUCUGCGUCUACUUGGCUGACUUCUGACUCCAUGUGGCAGACGGCCCCUACGAACGGGAAGGAAAUGGAGGGGGCGUGACGCUCAGGAAGUACUUCAGACAUCAUAUUGUAGGAGAAUGAAACCACUCUGGUCACCGGGAUUACGAUGGAAAUACGCUGUGGUGGCCUAUUGUUCAGCUCCAAAUUUGACUCUGGUAAUUUGGCUAAUGUUGAGAAGGUGGAACACCAGGAAGGUGAUGGUGACAACAGCUUGAAUGGCAGUGGCAGCAUCAAUACUUCUUCUGCCUCAAUGGUGUUUGGCAACUCCCUCCCCUCUGCAGACUAUGAAUUCAAUGUGUGGACCAAGCCAGAUUGUGGUGACACAGAAUAUGAAAAUGGGAACAGAUCCUGGUUUUAUUUUAGCGUGAGGGGAGGAAUGCCUGGCAAGUUAAUCAAGAUUCAUAUUGUGAAUAUGAAUAAGCAGACCAAACUUUAUUCCCAGGGAAUGACACCUUUAGUCAAGACAGUACCUGCCAAACCCCGUUGGGAACGCAUUCGUGAGCGACCUGCCUAUGAGAUGGCGGAGACUCAGUUUGUCCUAUCUUUUGUACACCGAUUCCUGGAUUGUCGAGGAGCCACCACAUACUUUGCCUUCUGCUAUCCUUUCUCAUACACAGAAUGCCAGGACAUGCUGACACAGUUGGAUGCCCACUUUGCAGAGUGCAGACAUCUCUCUCCUAGCAGUGUCCAACAUUAUGGCACAAUUAGUCGGAGGGCAGGCGCAGACUCUAGAAAAGCUGAGGGGAAGCCGCGCUCCACCACCCACAGAGCAAGAAAGUACUCUAGAGGAGGACGUGGAAAAGGGAAAAAGGAGGCGGCCCCACCCAGGGAUACACCCUAUCUGGAUGCCAUCUAUUAUCAUCGGGAAUUGUUGUGCUAUUCUCUGGAUAAGCUACGUGUGGACUUGCUCACUAUCACAUCAUGUCACGGCAUGCAGGAGACGCGGGAGGCUCGACUGGAGAAGUUAUUCCCAGACAAGAACACACCCCGACCACACUGUUUUGAGGGAAAGAGAGUAUUCUUUCUGAGCAGCAGAGUACAUCCUGGGGAAACACCCUCUAGCUUUGUGUUCAAUGGAUUCCUGGAAUUCAUACUGAGAGAGGAGGAUCCUCGGGCCCAAAUGCUGCGUCGUAUGUUUGUCUUUAAGCUCAUCCCUAUGCUAAAUCCAGAUGGAGUGAUGCGAGGACACUAUCGGACAGACGCUCGAGGAGUUAAUUUGAAUCGUCAGUAUUUGAACCCUGAUGCAGAGCUACAUCCUCCUGUGUAUGGGGCCAAGGCUGUCAUGCUCUAUCACCAUGUUCACAGCCGGAUGCAGCCUGGUUCUCCUGAUUGGCGAACCUAUGUCCCUCCCCUCAACACAAAAAUAGCCAAUCACCGUUGUACCCGCAAAUGUUCUCAUAGCGAAGAUAUCCCUCUUUCUGAGCUGGAGAAAACAAACAACAUUCGCAACUGUUCCAGAGAUUCCUGCAUCACCUCAUCUCAGGACCUUGAGGCUUCAGAGGUACCAGGAAGCAAUGAUGUCUGGAUCCUCUCAAAAGAACUCUUAUCUGAACACUGUGAGAAUGAUGUUGAGAAUCCUCCACCACCAGCCCCAGAAACCAUCCCACCUCAACAGAGUGGUCUGGCUUACUAUGUUGAUCUGCACGGACAUGCCUCUAAGCGUGGCUGUUUCAUGUAUGGGAACAACAUUUCUGAUGAGAACUGCCAGGUUGAAAAUAUGCUGUUUCCUAAGCUCAUCUCCUUGAACUCUGCUCAUUUUGAUUUCACGGGGUGCAACUUUUCAGAGAAGAAUAUGUAUGCUAAAGACAAGCGGGAUGGACAAUCAAAAGAGGGUAGUGGACGUGUGGCCAUUUACAAGGCCUCAGGCAUCAUUCACAGUUACACAUUGGAAUGCAAUUACAACACAGGAAGAUCAGUCAAUACUGUUCCAGCAGCAUGUCACGAUAAUGGGCGGGCAACGCCUCCUCCUCUCCCAACAUUCCCAUCCAAAUACACUGUGGAGCUGUUUGAGCAGGUUGGAAGGGCUUUAGCAAUCGCAGCACUGGAUAUGGCAGAAUGCAACCCCUGGCCUCGGAUUGUCCUCUCUGAACACAGUUGCCUUAGCAAUCUGCGUGCCUGGAUGCUGAAACACGUGCGCAGCAUGAGAGGAGUGACAGCCUACCCCAAGAGGAAGGGUACCAAAACCCCACCCAAGGGGGGCAAUGGGAUUUCUGCUUCCAGCUCAGAGAAUUCUCUCUGCCGAGCCAGAAGCUUCAGUAAUGGUAGCGUCAAUCAACAAGCUACCUCUCAGGUCAAGAUCUCACCCAGCUUCACCUUCAGCUCCUCUCACACCCCUGCCUCCUCAGGGGGGUUGGGGCAGAGCCCUCGGAAAGGUGCCUCAAGGGUGCUGGCCCUUGUGCGAGAACCUCGAGUUCAGGAGAAGAGACGCCAUCAGCACCAGACUUUGCUACGAGCUGCUGUGAGCAGCAUCCAGGCACCCUCUCUCCCUUGUUCCACCAGAAACACCUCUCAUCUCCAGCUGGCUCCCAGCCUAGGCUCCUGCUCCCUUCCAACUACUAUCAACAUACCAGGACCCAGCUGCAACAGCCUACAUAAAACUGCUAAGGCUAGCACUGAGCAUGUCCCUGAGAAGCUGAAGCCUCCACCUUGUGGCCUAGCUUUGCUACAGAACUUUUCAAGACGGUUGAACAAUCAAAAACUAUCAGAAACUACUAGUCUAGAUAUACUGAUGCCUCGGCCGAGCCGGAUCCCCAUACGCAGGAGACCAGUAGGACAAACCCAGCACUUACUCAGAUUUCAUAGCUGCAGUGAUGACUCUUCCCUCAAGGUAUGGAAAUAUGCAGCCCCAGAGAUACCAGCACAAAGUUCCUUGCCAGGUAGGUUCUUGCAGGGCAUUCUGUAUGGUUACCAAGGCUGCUGUUUGUCCUUUUUUGGACAGUCCCUCCGAUUUUCCAUACUAGAUAGUGGCAGCAGAUACAACCUUGUUUCUCUUCCUACAGAAUUUCAACUGGAAAUGCCAGUAAUGAGUCCAAGGGAAGAAUCACUUUUUCUGUGCCCUCCCAAAGUUUUGCUGGACGAGGUAUGGGGAGGAGGGAGCUCUGCAAAGCCAGCUGCUGCUGCAUCCCUUACCUGCAGCCGCUGCCAUCCCCUUGAACCCUUGUCUUGUAGACAGAAGAAGAAGAAGCAACGCCUUUACCGUUGUAUAGGCAGUAGCCACCCUCCUUAUUGAAACUUUGGGGCAGCAUAGCUGCAGUUGACAUCAUUAGUCCUCUGAGCCAGCUCUCUCUGUUGCAGCAUCUCCCUGGGCGACCAGAUUCCCCCCAACUCACCUACCGCAAGAUCCUGUCUUUCUGCACCGAGGCCUGACUUGCCAGUGGGGGCACAACAGCUGCAGCCAAUGUGCUCUAGCUCCUCAAGUGCCGCCACCCCACAGCAUGCCAGCUGACUCCAAUUCAUCCCUUGGUGUGGAAGAAAUCUCUUGAGACCCUUCUUGUUGGCACUUGAUGAGUUCCAGAUCCAAUCACACCCCCCCUUCCUCUCCUCUCUCCUCUUUUAAACCAAAGCUGCUUUUUAGAACAGCAGCCAGUAGUUCUGAUUUUGAGACUCUACCAGGAAUAAGGGCCUCACAUCACAUCCCUUUUUUUUGUAGCCAGCUACACGAGACAUUGAAGGCUUAAGGGGAAGGCUAAAGGUUUCCCAGCAAUCCUCAUCUAAAUCUGGAAAUCCAUCUGUUUUUUUUGUGAAGGAGGUGCCUUUCAAAAAAGAAGCAAACCAGGCUAAUUGCAAGAAGCUGGGUAGGUGUAUGUAUGACACAUGGAAACCUUAACAUGACCAGCUCCUCUUGGUCUGACUACAGCCCACAGCAGUAGCCAAGACCCUUCCUCCAAUGUUAUUUCCACCACUGUACAUAAUUGGUUACUGGGUU